CAAUACGGUAUUGUACCAGCAGCGCCAUCUUGGAUUGUUACAGAAGUCAGGAAGAAUUAUUUCUAAAACUACUUACAAAAAUAUCGUGAAAUGUAAGAAAUAACAGAGCAGGAGAAAAGUGGUAAAUUUCAUAAGAUACAAAGAUCUCAUAAAUCCCAGACUUUGAGAUGGCAAAGAAAAAAGAAGGAUGUUGUCGGAAAUUCAUGAAAUUUCUCUUUUCUCAUGUGGGACUGUGUGUUUUGGUGGCGCUUUACUGCGUGGCGGGGGGAUUCAUAUUUAGACACUUGGAGCAAAACAACGAACAACAAAUCUGCUAUGACUCUAGAAACGAAUAUGUCCCUAUGGAGAAUAAAACCCUAUCUCAGAUGAUCAGCGUCAUGACGGAAAAUGAAGGGAACGCCAACAAAGACGUCAUGACGAUCCAACUCCGGAGCAUCCUGGAGACGUUCCGAGAUAACAGCAUCGCUAUUGGUUACGGGGGUGAUAUCUGUGGGGACUAUGGCAAGGAAGGGGGUCCGCCGUACAAGUGGUCUUUUCCUGGGGCCCUCUACUUCUCUGUCACUGUCAUUUCUACUAUAGGUUAUGGACAUAUCGCACCUAAGACGUUCUGGGGCCGAUUGGUGUGUAUCGCGUACGCCAUGUUAGGGAUUCCCUUAAUGCUCCUCUGUCUGGCGAACAUUGGGGAAGUGCUGGCCGAUAUUUUCAGGUUCAUUUAUUCCAAGAUCUGCUGCUGUGGCUGCUGCCGAAAGAAAGACAAAACCAAGGUUGUUCAGAUCAAACCCGUGGCUCAGGAACCCAACUGGAACAACGACAAAUCCAAGAUCAUUACAGCGGCCCCGCCAAUGGGUACCAGCGAUUUCAGCAAGAUUCCACCAAAGACACCGGACAGCGUGAAAGGAAGGAGCGAUGAUGGAAAGCCCGUUAAAAUUAUCCCACUGGAUAUCAAGUCAUUCAGUAAACAACAGGAACUAGCCAACCGAUCACAACAGGUUAGAGGAGAGCCGAUGAUUAUGGAUGACGACAGCGAUGACGAGGACGAUGAUUUGGAUGAGAAGAAGAUCACGGUUCCUCUAACGGUUACGAUGAUUGUCAUCGCCGGCUACAUUUUGGGCGGCGCCAUGUUGUUUGGUUUAUGGGAGACGUGGGACGAGCUACAAUCAGCAUACUUCUGCUUCAUUACACUCAGUACCAUCGGAUUUGGUGACGUAGUUCCGGGUACAGAUUUUGACAACCCCCAGCAGACGGCACAACUUAUUUUGGGCGCUGUUUACGUGUUGUUUGGAAUGGCGAUUCUGUCUAUGUGCUUUUCGUUGAUGCAAGAUGAGAUCAUUGCUAAAUGCAAGUGGGUUGGACAAAAAUUGGGAAUUAUUGAUAAAGACGAUGAUUAAAGAUAUUUGUGUUGCUGUCCGAAAAGGAAGGAUGCUACUGCUGAAGAAAUCCAAUAUAGAUUUGGAGUGUCUGAAAAAACACUUCUUUUGAAUACAUUACAAUAAUGUUUCUUGCAAUUUUUGGGAAAACAGUAUCUAAAACAAAAUCUAAAUUAACGCUGGGAUACAGUACAACGGCAAUGAAAUGCCUGCCUAAAAUUAGAUUUCAAAAUGACACACUUUGGAGUGUUGAAUGACAUAUGGACAUUAAAAGAUGCAAUAUAUGUUAUGUAUAUCUGAUUGCCUCAGAUAGAAUGUAGAAGCUGUGUCAUUAAAUUGCAUAUGUACAUUUUCAUCUCUUCUGUCUCGAAGUUUGGAUUCAAUUUAAUUUUUUAAAGCUUUUUUACAACUCAACUGGCUUUCUUUUUUUUUAACUUAUUCACACUGCAUCUAUCAAAUCAUUGAUAUUUUGUUUAUUGCUGGCAUUUUCAAGAAGCAUCUUCUCCAUUUUUAAUAAAUAUUUUAUAACUAUUAUAAGUUGGACACUCUCAGGGGAGUGGCCAUUCGAGCAUGGGUGUGGAUACUGCUUUUUUAUAUCAUUAAAUAAUUACAUUACGUGGUCACUGCCCCUGAGAGUGUUCAACCAAUGAAUGAAGAGAUGAACUUACCAAAUAAGGUAUUAUAUAUCCGUCCGUGUUUUCCAUUAAUACAAUACAGAAUUUAAUUUUAUAAAUAUUUUUGGCAAUUUAUAGCUUUUCUUUUGCUCUAUUAUGUGUAGGGUCUGUGUAUUUUGAGAUCCCAGUCCACUUACUUUGUACUUACUACUCAUUUUUGGAUUAAAAAUCUCUAUUUUCUUAUAAUGUUGUCUGUGAUAUAAAUGUUAAUAUUAUAAUAAAUUAAGUUUUAACGUC